UACGUGGGGUUUCGAGGACGUUUGGUUCUGUCCUUCGCGCGACUGCUUGCAGUUUAGUGAAUAGGAGCCAGCGAGUAGAGCGUCUGUCUGAUGGAUCUCUAUUUGUAUCAUACUAGUUUUUUGUAACCGUGCAAUGUAAUUUUAUUUGACCUUUUGAAAAUCUGUGAUAGCAGAGCCAUUACUUGGAAGUUUUGGUGGAGGUGUCCCAGGUCACAGAUCUCGCACUGAGUAAGUGGCUUGUUAUGAUUGUUCUUGAAGUAGUGCAUGCCACGCAAAUACCAGGUGUUGGAGUCUUGUGGUCAACUAUAAGUCUGAGCAUGUACUUCAAAGACCUUGUUCAGUUCAUGCCAUGAAACUUUUUGAGUUGGCUUUGCCUUCUUGGUAUUCCAACGCGGUUGUUCGUCAUAUCACGUUCGGCAUCCUCAUCGGGUUUACUUUGUCUGUAACGUCGACGUCCAUAUCAUCAUAUCGGCGUGCUCGACGACGUCAAAGCCUCUUUUCGGAGCAACACGAGUUUCGGCCAAUUGUGUUGAGAAGCGAUGAAGUUGUAUGUGGGGUCACUGGGUUGAUAGGAAAUACGCCUUUGGUGAGGAUUGACUCAUUGAGUGACGCUUUGGGAGUCGAGAUUCUUGGAAAGGCAGAGUUUCUGAAUCCAGGAGGAAGUGUCAAAGACCGAGUUGCUCUGCGCAUAAUCGAGGACGCAGAGCGGCAAGGUUUGCUGCACCCUCAUACUGGAUCCCGCAUCUUUGAAGGCACUGUUGGAUCUACUGGCAUUUCAAUAGCGACGAUAGCCAAGGCGAGGCAAAUUCCUCAAGCUGUUGAACCCAUCUCACGUUUCUUAGCGAUUAUCAUGCCGGAUGAUGUUGCCCAGGAGAAGGUGAACGCCUUGCUGGCCCUUGGAGCUGAUGUUCAGCGCGUUCGUCCUGCGAGCAUCGUCGACAAAAAACAGUAUGUGAAUAUCGCCAGGCGAGCAGCCAUCGAAUUCGGUCGUUCAGAUAUAAUGAAAGGCUUAGAGGACGCCCGUGCCAACCAUGAGCUCCAUACAGGUUCUGCAUCUGUAGUGGUCACGACUACAUCGUCGCACAUUAAUGCAGAAGGCACCAUCGACGACCCGCUGGAUGAAGAUCUGCUAAGCAAGCCAAGAGGCUUCUUUGCCGACCAAUUCGAGAAUCGCAGUAAUUUUGAAGCCCAUUACAACGGGUCUGGUCCAGAAAUCUGGCGUCAAACUAAUAGUCAUGUUGAUGCAUUUGUAUCUGGAGCAGGGACGGGCGGAACGAUUGCAGGCAUUGGUCAAUUUCUCAAAUCGAUGAAUGAGGAGGUGCAAGUCGUCCUAGCGGACCCAGAAGGCAGUGGUCUCUACAACAAGGUCAGGUACGGCGUAAUGUACGACCGCAAAGAAGCUGAAGGAACAAAACGAAGGCAUCAAGUCGACACAGUGGUUGAGGGAAUAGGAAUCAAUCGGAUGACAAAUAACAUCGACCUUGCGGUUCCGAUCAUAGAUGACGCGUUCCGGAUAACUGACGUGGAAGCGGUUGCCAUGUCCCGAUACCUCGUUCAAAAUGAUGGUCUAUUUCUGGGUUCCAGCAGCGCCUGCAAUCUGGUGGCAUGCAUCAAAUUCGUAAAGAAAAGGGGAUGGCGAGACGGUCAAACACUUGUCACAAUCUUAUGUGACUCUGGUAACAGACAUUACUCCAAGGUAAGUGCAUGGUAUCUAGGAAGAGCGGAUGUUCCCUAACGCGUUUGUGCCUGGGUUUUCGUCAGUUCUGGUAAGAAAACCUCAUGUCUCAUUGGAGAAACGUUGACAUUUGUGUAGGAAUGACGAAUAUUUGCGUAAAGCUAAUAUUCCAGUCGACCGCCGUGUAAUCGACAAUCUAAUUGCCCAACCUGGUUCUGGAGUUUAGAAAUCUCAAUAAUGAAUCCAUAAGUUGCACGUGGUAAAUAAUGUAUGCGAUUGCUAUGGUACAAAUGCUACUUGAUGAAGCAAACGGCGGGAUAAAGAUAGCAAGGACGUCAAAUUGAAGGCCAUGGUGGGGCAGAUAUGCUAGGUGGUGUGUGGUUAGGCAUUGGUCUGUGACCAAAUCCAUUUUGA